CUCUCCUCUCUCAUCUCUCUCUCUGUCUCUCUGUGUCUCUGUCUCUGUCUCUCUCUCUCUGUGGAACAAAAGAGCAAUAGCACCAUAGCUCUUGGUUUUUAAAGCAGGUUCUGGAGAUCAUGCUCAGGUCCUCCAGCUUGGACAGCAGGCACUUUACCUAGGGAGCCAUCCUACCACCCAGCUGCCUUCACAGGGAAAUCCUGUCGUUUUCCAAAGAUAAGCAACAUUUCGUUUGUGUGCACAAAGUUAAGAAGCUAAAGGUUCAAGUCCACGUAUCUCUGAACAUCCAUGAAAGGGCUUCCUGGAAAACAAAGACAAAACAAAACAAAACCCAAGUGUCCCGAUGGCAUAUGGCUCCACACGGCCAGGAGAGGAGGACCCACUCUGGCAGGCACUGAAAUGGUAAGAGUGGACACUGGGUGAGUUCUGCAAGCUCACUGAACUCUGAGCUCACUUGCAGUUCAAGGGGAGCCAUGCAGGAUGAAGACGGAUACAUCACUUUGAACAUUAAGCCCCGAAAACCAACUCUCAGCUCAGCUGACUCUGCUUCUUCCUGGUGGCGGGUGAUGACUUUAAUUCUGCUGAUCUCAUCUAUGGGGCUGGUUGUUGGGCUCGUGGCUCUGGGCAUCAUGUCCGUUACACAGCAAAAGUACCUACUAACCGAGAAGGAAAGUCUCUCCGCCACUCUGCAACAAUUGGCCAAGAAAUUCUGCCAAGAGUUGAUUAAACAAUCAGAGCUCAAGACAAAGAGCACAGUUGAGCACAAGUGCAGCCCCUGUGCCUCAAAGUGGAGAUACCAUGGAGACAGUUGCUAUGGGUUCUUCAGACAAAACCGAACAUGGGAAGAGAGCAAGCACUAUUGUGCUGAGCAGAAUGCAACACUUGUGAAGGCUGCCAGCCAGAAGACUGUGGAAUACCUCACGAGCAGGAUUACUUCCAUCCGUUGGAUUGGAUUAUCACGUCAGGACUCUAAUAAGGAUUGGAUGUGGGAAGAUAGCUCAAUUCUUCCCAAGAACGUGAUUGAUCUUUCUGGGAAUCCAAGAGAAAACAUGAAUUGUGCUUAUCUUUAUAAUGGGAAAAUCCAUCCAGCUUCCUGUGAUGACAGGCAUUAUUUAAUGUGUGAGAGGAGGGCCGGCCUGACAAGGGUGGACCAACUGCUUUAAUACAGAAGGAUGGACAGGAUGCCAGAUAAGUGCUUGGUCAUGCAAUAAAAGAUCUGGACAAAAGAAUUUCCCAGUCACAAAA